AUGGAGGAUCACAUCCCCAAUCAGGCAUGCCCACUUACUCCAAUAGGAGCGGAUGUGCACGCGAGACAACCUAGAAUCGGCGUUCGAGAUCAUUCUCAAAGUGAAGACGAUCCAUACGAGGCUGCACUAGACAAGACCGGAUGUAAUGAGUUGAAUGAAGCCCUAUUGGAAUGCUACUACGAUCAUAAGGACUGGCGUAAAUGCCAGCCCGAAGUCCUGGCGUUUAAAACAUGUUUUGAGGCAUAUCAACGCAACGCUAAUAGAAACAGCGAAUUUACUGGUUAA